UAUUGGAUCUACAUUAGUUUUAGAUAGUUAUGUUGCCAAUUCUUGGCCUUCAAACCAUAUGUUAUUAGGUAUUUGUGAUAAAUUACAUAAAGUAUUUGCCACUGAUUAUUAUCCUGUGGUUGCCCUUAGAGGUUUAGGAUUAAAAUCACUUAAUGUUCUUGAAUCUUUUAAAGAUAUUAUGGUUAAAAUAAUUAGUGCUAGAUAAAAUAUAAACUCUUGUAUAUAGACGGAACUCAUUGCCAAAAAUAGCAAUGAUGUCAAAAUGUAUGUGAAGUACAGUAUAUUAAGUACAUACGCAAAGGAAAAAAAAAUAUAUGGGGUAGCAAUAUCAGAAUGAAAUAUCGAACAACAAUUUCUAUUUGCACUGUGGCAUAGUAGACAACUAUGUUUCGUACAGGUAGAUCCUUGAGGAUCCAGACAUUAGCAUUUAACUGGAAUCUGGGUGGUAGUAAGAGAUUUAACCAUUUUAUAAUAACAGAUAAAUUCGGAACUCUCCGAGAACAAUAUCAUACACCUAAAUAUCCAAUUGUGCUAUGUCACGGAUUCUCGGGAUUUGAUAAAUUAACAUUCUUUCAAAAUUUUGAAAUAGUAGAUAAGUAUCUUGUAAAAAAUGAUGGAUCUAAACGAAUUCUUGGAUUCGAAUUAGAUUAUUGGAGAGGUAUAGGUAUUGCACUUUCAAAACUUGGAGCAAAAGUCCUCGUGGCUCAAGUUCCACCAUUUGGAACUAUUAGAGAUAGAGCAGAAAUUCUUGAAAGUUUUUUAGAAUUACAAUGUCAACAAUUAAAGGAUAUGUCUGAUGAUAAGAUAAAUUUUCCUAUAAAAUUAAAUCUUAUUAGUCAUUCAAUGGGAGGUUUAGAUAGUCGAUAUUUAAUAUCUAAAUUACAAAAUAAUGGUCCUAAUAAAAAGUAUCAUGUAGUAUCAUUAACAACUAUUGCAACUCCUCAUAGAGGUUCAGAAGUGGCAGAUUUCUUUUAUGAAUUGGUACAAACAGUUCCUAUUCUAAAGCAUGUAGCCCCUCAAGCUUUAUUUGAUUUGACAACUACAAGUAUGAUCAAGUUUAAUAAGGAAAUCGUAGAUGAUCCAACAGUCGAAUAUUUCUCCUAUGGCGCUAAAUUUAAUCCUAAAUUAUUUAAUAUAUUUUAUUCGACAUGGUAUUUAAUGAAAUAUAGAAUUGGAUUAAGAUUAAAAAGAAAUCAAAUUAAACUUGCCCCUAAAUUAAAUAUAGAUAAUGAUGGAUUAGUAAGUGUUACAAGUGCAAAAUGGGGGAAUUAUUUAGGAACUUUAGAUCAAGUUGAUCAUCUUGAUUUAAUAAAUUGGACAAGUACUAUACGUUCAACAUUAGAUAAAUUUGUGUUUAAACGUAAACCUAAAUUUAAUGCUAUUGCAUUAUACUUAGAUAUUGCUGAUAAUUUAGCUAAAAGAGGUUAUUAAUAUUUAGC